CUCGUUGCAAUGAUGGCCACACAAGAGCCGAGACUUGACUCGUUUCCAGCGCCAUCGAGCAGCGCAACAGGGAACGUAAAUGGCAUUCCCACAGAGGCUACAUCGAUGAACUUCUCAGACAAGAUUAUGGUCACUCUUUCACAGGAUGGUCGACUAGCACAAUGGUUCCAAGUUCAGCUGUCGGCGCCGUCGUCCGCGAUGGUAGACAUGGCCCUGCCCAGGUCAAACAUCGGCUCACUGCCACCAGCCCAUCUCACUGCCACCACCCUUCUUGGUGCUGGAGGCGACGAGCGCGAGACCAUUGGCCAACUUUACGCCGCGCAAAUAGCUAGCUUCCUGUCUACAAGGAACCCAGACGAGAAGCGUACUUUGGUUCUUGGGCUGGGUAUGCGUAAAGCUGAGACUACAAACGAGAGGGAGGCUUUCUUUGAUGUCCUGGAGCUGGUUCAACAGGUGCUAUAG